AUGAAACUCCCCAACAACCAUGCGGCGGAAACUACUAACAUCGAAUCGACAGUUGUGGCUGCUUCUUUUUCAUCGUAUCUCAUGGAGAUUUACGUUGGCACACCGCCUGUGAAACAAAUGAUGUCCGUGGACACGGGGGCCAGCAUGUCAUGGAUUCAGUGCCUUCCAUGUGAGCAUUGUUACCAUCAAACUGUACCCGUAUUUAAUCCUUAUCAGUCAUCAUCAUAUCAAAUAUUGGGAGAUUAUGAGCAUGAGUGUAUGUUAUUAGAUGACAAACGUGAUUUUACUAAAUUAAAUGGAAUAUGUAACUAUGCUAUAUGUUUCCUUGACGGUAAAUUUAGCUAUGGGGUACUAGGUAAGGAAACUUAUACAGUUGGGGGCACUUCCAUCCAACACAUUGCUCUAGGGUGCGGGCAUAACAAUGUAGGACAAUAUGAGCAACAGAGCAGUGGUAUGAUUGGGCUUGGAGAUGGUCCUCUCUCAUUCAUUGGUCAGGCUAAUGCUUAUAUUCAUGGAAGGUUUACAUACUGCCUAGUAUCUGAUCAAUUCGGUUCAAACCCAAAUGCAAGGAGUAAGAUUAGCUUUGGACAUAGUCUGGACGGGCCUAUUUCCACCCGGUUGUUGAAGAUUCCUGGGCAAUCACACUAUUUUAUCACAUUGAAAUCAAUCAUCGUUGGAGAUACAAUAAUUCAAUUGAGAAGAGAAUCCGGUAACCUCUUGAUGGACACAGGCUCUACUCUAACCUUUUUUCCCACGUACGUGAUUGAAAAAUUGAUGGAUGCAUUAAGACGAAGGAUUAAUAAAAGACCAAUAGAUGUUCCAAAUGAACUUUGCUAUGAAAUUAACACCAAUAUCCCUACAAUCACCCUCCAAUUUGCUAAUGGCGCUAAAUUAGCUUUGUCAAAGAAGAACACUUUUAUUAUAUACGCCGGAAAUUGGUUGUGUUUGGCAAUGAAAGAAGAUAAUGUUUUAUCCGUAUUGGGGAACCGGGCACAAAUAGACUUCUCAAUUGGAUAUAAUAUUCCCGCUGAGAUGGUCUCUUUUGAUCCAACUGAUUGUUCAACCCAUAUAAUGCCAUAG